AAAGAUGGCAGAGAACAAAAGCGAAACAGCCGAAGCUAUAGACGAGAACUUGGUUGAAAGUGACCUAGACGGGAACAAAUAUACAGAAAGUACUGCUUCAACUGCUAACGAAGACCACUGGCAAGCAUGCAGGGAAACAAUUCGCGAAAGAAACAGAUUUAUGUUCAAAAAUACACUAAUGAGCGAUGUACAUUUUUCUGUCGGUAUGAACGACGACACGGCGGAAACGCAAAAACAUAAUCUGCCUGCGCAUAAAUAUGUUCUCGCUAUUAGCAGUCCAGUCUUCUAUGCUAUGUUUUAUGGCAGCUUAGCAGAGGUGAAGGACAUUAUUGAAAUCCCUGAUAGUAAUUAUGAAAGUUUUGUUGAAUUUUUGAGGUUUCUAUACUGCGACGAAGUGGAAUUAACUAUUGAUAUAGUAUUGGGCGUGAGUUACUUGGCUAAAAAAUACAUAGUUCCGGCUUUGGAGAAGAAAUGCAGCGAAUUUAUAGAAAAGUCUGUUGAAGCUGGCAAUGUUUUUAAACUGCUUUCCUUCGCUAGAAGCUUCAAAGAUGAGUUUGUAGAGAAGAUUUGUUGGGAGUUUCUGGAUAGUGAAACCGUAGAGGCGGUUAAUUCGGAGUGUUUUUGCCAGAUUGAUAGGGAAGUUAUCUGUGAGUUACUCAAAAGAGAUACGCUGCAUGCUAAAGAGAUUGAAUUAUUCUUGGCUGUUCAAAAAUGGGUGACACAGAAUUCAACAGACACCAGUGAACCAUGUGAUGAGAGACUUUCUGAAGAGGGUAUUAAUGAUGUCGUUAACCUGAUUCGUUACCCAUUAAUGUCACAGCAUGAGUUUGCUGAGCAUGUGGCAAAAUCAAGACUAUUGCGUCACGAGGAUGUCAUUAACAUGUUCUUAAAGUUUAAUGAUACACUUGAGGAUGAAACAGUGUUACCAUUUUCUCAAGUACCCAGACGUGGGUACUACCGAUGUUCUCUGUGGGAACAUGUUUACGAUUCACUUGACAUUGAGACAAGCAGAAUGCCAAACAUUUUGACAUUUUCAUCCAAUUCUAAUAUUUUGUUGUGUGGUGUUGGUUUAUAUGGUAGUGACAAUAAUGAUGAUUCAUAUACCUUUCAAGUUUAUGUCUCAGAUGAGGAUGAUACAAUGUUACUGCAAAGUGAAGGUUCCUUUAGUUGUUCCAGUCAGUGUUUCGCUUAUGAUGUGAUUUUUAAUAAACCAGUUAAAGUUCACAAGAAUAUUUGGUAUACUAUAAAUGCAACAGUUGAUGGCCCUAGAGGAGUCUAUGGUGGCCAGUCUCUUGCAAGGUCAACAGAUCUGGAGUUAGGCACUGAUGAAAUAAAUUGUGGACCAGUCAGAUUCCUGUUCAAAGAUUUAAAGGGGGCUGUCGGGUGCAACAUUUACAACCAUUUCUCAGGAUUGUUAUAUUUUGUGAGAUAAUUAAAUUAUCUAUGAACAUUAAUUAUCAUAAGAAAAUAUUGAACAGAUUUGACAAUAAUGAAUAAAUAAUUCAAUAGCAAUUAUUUUUUGUACAAAUAGAAUAUCAUCUAUUAAUUUUUAUGGUGUAUAUUUAUAGAAUCCUUACUA